AUGUAUUCCGUUAGUCCAUCUCAGAUAGAAUUGUUUCAUCUACGUAUACUUUUACUACAUGUUAAAGGAGCGAAGAAUUUUGAAGAACUAAGGACAGUUAAUAAUGAAAUACAUCAAAUCUUUACCGCUGCGUGUUUAGCAUUAAGACUCAUAGAAGAUGAUAACGAAUGGUAUCGCGCAAUGAAUGAAGCUAAAGUUUGGAUGAUGCCAAGGCGACUUCGUAAUUUAUUCGUUCGAAUUUUAAUUCAUUGUCAACCAGUUUAUCAGAAAAAAUUAUGGGAUGAGUUUAAAAAAGAUAUGUCGGAAGAUUAUAUAAGACGAUAUGGACUUACAAUAGGAAUAAAGAAAGCUUAUCACUAUAUUACUAAUUUACUAGAAAAGGAAGGAUCUAAUAUAACUAAUUUUUUUGAAAUAGAACAAGUUACAGAGGAACAAGAGAUAGAAAAUACCGAAGAAGGUCAAGAAGAUACAUUGAUAGGUAUGCGACAAUAUAAACAGCUAAAUGUAAAACAAAAGGAAAUUGUUGACACAAUUUUAGCAGCAGUAGCUACUAACAAUAAUAGUGACACUUGUUUUUAUAUUGAUGGUCCAGGUGGAUCUGGUAAAACUUUCAUUUAUACGACCUUGUAUUAUUUACUCAAAAGUAGAGAAAAAAUAAUCAAUACGAUGGCAUUUACUGGUAUUGCUGCGACAUUACUUCCAAAUGGAAGAACGAUUCUUAAAGUUUUUGGAUUACCGGUACCUCAUUUUGCUGAUUCUUCAUCAAACAUUAAAGUUCAGUCUAAAGAAGCUGAUAAUUUAAAACUUGUGGAUAUUUUCAUUUUAGACGAAACUCCUAUGGCUCCACGUUAUGUAUUGGAAAUAAUGGAUCGAACAUUACGUGAUAUAAUGCAAAAUAAUUUAUAUUUUGGUGGGAAAAUAGUGCUUCUCGGUGGAGAUUUUAGACAAUUAUUACCUAUAAAAGAAAGAGCUACGCGUAGUGAAGUUAUAAAUUUAUCCAUAAAAUUUAGUACCUUAUGGCCACAAUUUAAAAUAUUUUCAUUGACAGAAAAUGUACGAACUUUACCAGAAGAAAGAGAAUUUGCACAAUUUUUACUAGAUUUAGGAAAUGGUACUUUAAAUGAUUACUCGGAUAAUGUUCAAAUUCCUGAAAGAUGUAUAGCGAAAAUUGAUUCGGAUAUGAUAAAAGAUACAUAUGGAGAUAUUAUAACACACAAGAGAUAUAACAUUAUAGCUAAUCACGUUAUAUUAUCUGCAAGAAAUGCUGAUGUUGAUGAAAUAAACGGGAAAGUAGUUAAAUUAUUGGAUGAAAUAAGAGAAAGAAUUUAUACAAGUGUGGAUACUCUUGAAAUUAACGAUAACGAAGAUAUAUGUGAAGCAAUUACAACAGAAUAUCCUAAUUCUUUAAAUCCAACGAGUCUUCCACUACAUGAGUUACGUUCAAGAAAAUACACUGUUAUUAUGCUUAUUCUUAAUAUUAGUGAAGGAUUAUGUAAUGGUACUAGACUAUUAAUUUUAGAUUUAGAAAGUAACUUAUUACGAUGUGAAAUUUUGUCAGGUAAUGAGAUUGGAGAAAUUAUUUUUCUUAAUCGUAUUACAUUAUAUUGUGAAAAUACAUAUCCAUUCCCUUUCAAAAGGAGACGAUUUCCAGUGAAAUUAGCAUUUGCUAUGACUAUAAAUAAAUCACAAGAAUAA